UUUAACACGAGUGCGCAUUUUCACUUAGUAAAUCCUGCGACAUUAAUUUUACCGCAGUGAUAAAAAGGCCGGGGCCAGUUGGGCCUUAGUUUUAUCCGUUUGGAAAUUUGAAUUCAUAGAGUUGGAAGAAGAUAGGACUCAUCGGAGAUGGAGUUCACUGCCGGCUCACUGGACGUCUCCGUCAUCUUCCACACCGUCAACGAAAUCUCAGGUUUCCUUCUCUUCAUGCACCAGCAAAUCCCGGCAUUACUGCAGGACAUCACCGCGGAAUUCGACUCGCGCUCCGAAAAGUACAAGGACUUGGAAUCGGCUCUGAGAGACGACCAGGUGAAGCCGGCGCUGCGGAGGAAGCACGCCGGCGAAAUGAGGGAAGCCAAGCGAGGGAUCCGAAGGUUCCAGAAGCUGAUGGACGGCGUCUCGCAUUUCCAAACGGCGCUCAAGAUGGUCAUCACCGAAGCAGCUCCUCGGUUCGGGAAAGUGCUUCUGAUUCUCGGCGGCAAUCCAAUGCGGCCUCAACACGUGUACGAAUUGAGCUUUUCCGGAAGAAGUGCUGGUUCUGGCGGGGAAGAAGUAGAAGUCGAUUUUGCGAAAAGCAGAGCGGCGGAAGUGCUUUGUAGAAAAGCGAUUCGGGGGUUGGUGUCGAUGAAUGUUGGGGCUGUUUCGUAUCCGGGGCCAUUGAAGCUGUUCUUGUUGGUUCAGGCUCCCUCUUGUUUAAAUCAGCCUCUGCAUUUUCUUCCUAAGCGAGAUUUCAAGUACAGCAACAAGAUUGUGCCUAUGAGGAUACGUUUUAAGUGCAAAAACCAGAACCAGAACAUUGAUCAGUCUUCGCAAACCGGCAGCUCUGAUGCUUUAGUUGAGUCUGAUUCAGAUGGAGGUGAUUAUAUAUGGUUUCAGUGUCGACAUGUAAUCAAGGGCCUGGCGUUUAACACAGAACCUGAAGGAGGAAUAGCUCAGGAUUUUUCAUGAAUGGUGCUGUUGGAAGCUCUUAACGUGUAACAUUUUGCCAGUAUGCACAGAAACUUUAUUCUAUAGUUCAUGUCAUAACAAAGUUGUUUAUUGAAAUAUUAUAGCCUUGCUUUAUAUUUGGCUAUUUAGUUCGUUACUCAUUCAAUCAUAAUAUGUUUUCACUUGAUCCG